AUGAACCCAGCUAUUACCAACUUGGCCCUCAUGCUAGUCAUGAUGCAGGUCUCCCGUCGUUUGGACUUGGAGGACCCAGGUAUCUUGCUUUACGUGAGAAUCGCCUACCUUUCUUGCCAGUUCAUUGCCUUCGCUGUGUGCCUCUAUGUCAAGUACACCAUCAACCAGAAGAACGACUUGACCACGUUGAAGUACGUCGAGCCAGCCAACCCUAUGGGAGGUCAGCCAGAGCCAAAGGCUGUGGUCACUACUGUCAAGGAAUACGACUUGAAGCAGGUUGACACUCAGAUCAAGGGCCUUUUCACCUCGUUAGCCAUGAUGGGAUUCAUGCAUGUGUACAUGAAGUACACCAACCCAUUGGUGAUGCAGAGUGUUUCUUCUGUUAAGAGUGCUUUGGAGACCAACAUUGUCAAGAUCCACCUUUGGGGCAAGCCAGCCUCUGGCGACUUGAAGAGACCAUUCAAGGCUGCUCCAGGUUUGUUGCAGGCUUUGCAAGGCGCUGGUGAGGUCAAGACAGACAAGGCUUCUAUCGAUGCUGCUGAGACCAGCGGUGUCGGUGGUAUUAAGGAGGAGUAA